AGUCGAAAGGCAGGAAGCGAAACCCUGGCCUUAAAAUUCCAAAAGAAGCAUUUGAACAACCUCAGACCAGUUCCACGCCACCUCGAGACUUAGACUCCAAAGCUUGCAUUUCUAUUGGAAAUCAGAACUUUGAGGUGAAGGCAGAUGAUCUGGAACCAAUAAUGGAACUGGGGCGAGGUGCGUACGGGGUCGUGGAGAAGAUGCGACACGUGCCCAGCGGGCAGAUCAUGGCGGUGAAGCGGAUCCGGGCCACAGUAAAUAGCCAGGAGCAGAAAAGGCUACUGAUGGAUUUGGAUAUUUCCAUGAGGACAGUGGACUGUCCUUUCACAGUCACCUUUUAUGGCGCACUCUUCCGGGAGGGUGAUGUUUGGAUUUGCAUGGAACUCAUGGAUACGUCGCUAGAUAAGUUCUACAAACAAGUGAUUGACAAAGGCCAAACAAUUCCAGAGGACAUCUUAGGGAAAAUAGCAGUUUCUAUUGUAAAGGCGUUAGAACAUUUACACAGUAAGCUCUCUGUCAUUCAUCGAGACGUCAAGCCUUCCAACGUGCUGAUCAACACUCUGGGCCAAGUAAAGAUGUGCGAUUUUGGAAUCAGUGGCUACCUUGUAGACUCGGUCGCUAAAACCAUUGAUGCCGGAUGCAAACCGUACAUGGCCCCCGAAAGAAUAAACCCAGAGCUCAAUCAGAAGGGAUAUAGUGUGAAGUCUGACAUUUGGAGUCUGGGCAUCACAAUGAUUGAGUUGGCGAUCCUUCGGUUUCCCUAUGACUCUUGGGGAACUCCCUUCCAACAGCUCAAACAGGUGGUAGAGGAGCCCUCACCACAGCUCCCGGGAGACAAGUUCACCGAAGAGUUUGUUGACUUUACCUCACAGUGCUUGAAGAAGAAUUCCAAAGAACGGCCAACAUAUCCAGAACUUAUGCAACAUCCAUUUUUCACCCUACACGAAUCCAAAGCAACAGACGUGGCAUCUUUUGUAAAAUUGAUUCUUGGAGACUAAAUACCGUGGACUCAAUUGGUUGGCCCUCCUGUGGAUUGGUGGGUUUACAGGGUGAAGCAGGUUCACUAAAGCACCAAUAGAAACUCAUCCUUGAGAUAAUUUAAUCCCGCCUCUCAGAAGGUUGUUUUCCCCCAUUUUCUGUUCUUUUCUUUUCCUUUUUUUCCCCUCCAAAGGGGGCCUUGGAAUCUAUAGUAUAGAAUGAACUGUCUAGAUGGAUGAAAUAUGGCAAAGGCUUAGGACUUAAAAAGGUGAUUAAAUAUUUAAUGAUGUGUCAUAUGAGUCCUUAAGCUUCUCAGACUUCUCUUGUUCUUCAUAAAACGAAUGCAUUGGCCCUGGUCAAAAGGUGCUACCGUAGUGAUGAAAUUGUAAGUAGAUCUGUAGUCUGUCCCACUUAUUAUUUUAAUAUUUAUGUUUAAGUGCUUGGUUGAAAAGAUUCCAUUUUAUGCAAGGAGGGAGAUACAAGAGGCAAGGUUGGGUUGGCAAUAUUUAUAGGGCUUUUAUUUUUAAGUUCAGUCGUGUCUGUGGUCCAGAGGAAACUAUUUAAUAUGCAUCUUUAAGAGUAUUAUAACAAUAACAGUGAGGAGCUCUUCUUUGUAAAACACCUGUUCAGCUGUUGUGGCUGCUUGCCACGUCCUUAGAUUUCUGCUCAACUCCUGGGUAGUAACCACAUAUUUCAGGUGAAGUGGUGAGGUAUCCCAGUCAUACCCUUUCCCCAACUUUGGGAAACAUAAAAUCACUUUUGUCGCAUCUCAGAGUCACGAGUUGGGUUCUCUUGGCCUUUGUGGUAUUAAUGGAAUGUGAUUCCUGAUGCAGUUUUUUAUCACCUAUCUACCCUUCUACAUGUGUGCCUGUGUAUAUUUGAUAAGUCCCAAGCUCCGCCAAGUGGCUUCUGUGGACAUCUCUACUUAGCGAGGAGGAUAUAUGUCAGUUCUGAGAGGAGAUGUCAUGUCAAACCACACUGAGAAUUGGUGCCUUUUUCUGCUUCUGUCCCUCCUUACAAUGCAUAAGCCCCAAGGUUUGCCUUUGUGUUAAGAUGCGCUUUUCGCUUUCUUCUCUUCUUCCCCCUUGUUCAAUAAAGAAGCCUUACUAUUGACGGGAGGGCUGCAAUACAAGAAAAUAAAAGUUCUUUGACAGGAUAGGAGAUAAUGGGGAAGGUUGAAUUAGUUCCUAGGAAUAGAUGGCCCGAUUGCCAGUGGUUGAGGCCACAUUUCACUUCAGUAGCACACAGCAGCACGGGGUAGGAGCCUCCGUAGGAGGCUAGUGCCAUUAUGGAUUCCCGGCAGGUUGACAAAGCAGUGAAAGCUCUUUCUUAAGACUAAAUAUGGCCCUAGGUUCUCUAGGUUCCUUGAUGAAAAGUGAGUGAAUUGAUGCAGGGAAGCUGUAAACUGAUAAUAACCAGCAAACAUGGCUUUUGGACGUUGGGUUUACACGAGGCUAUUCUUGAAGGACAAUGAUGGAGAAUUUCGAUGAGAAAGGAAGAAGAGAACUCCCUCUCUUUCUUUCUUUGCCUCAAGUUCACAGAUAUGGAGAUUAUUCCUCCUGAAAAUCUUCUCUUCUUUCCCUUUUAGAUUUUGAAAUGCAGUCGUUAGUUUUUCUGUGUCUGCAUUUUCCCCUUGUUCUUGUCUUUUGUCUGGCUCAGAGCAGUUGCCCAGAGUGAGUAUGGCCCUCCCGUACCUUCUUUGUAUCCCUAGUUCCAAGAGAUACCUGUUUGAUCAAAUGUAGUUUCAUCUUCUUUAAAGCUACCUCUGUUCCUUAUCUUCUUCCAGCCAGGAAAAGUGUAUUAUCCCAGUGAUUAUGGCCAUUCUCUUUCUCACCUACCUUACUAAAUUGGGCAGUUUCCCUUGUUGAGACCAAGAGAAAAAAACAUCACAACUGUAUUCCUUCUUUUCUUCAUCUGUUUAAUGAAAAAAGCAAGUAGUAGAAAACUCGGAGGUCCCUCCGUCACAGCUUUUGGCGGAGUAUGUAAGGUAAAACCUCGUUCUGGUCUGAGUCAGACAACUCAUACCUGUUGUUCAGUGCGGUUUCUACUUAGAAAUAUUCUUAACUGAGUGUGUUCUCAUGCGUUCGCCUCUCCAGUUUGUGAACCCAGGGCCCAAACUUGCAAAACAAUCGUACUGAGACAGAGAAGGAGUUUGUCAAUGGUUCUCAACCUGAUGCACACUGGAAUCAACUGGGAGCUGGUGAACACUGCCUGUGCCAAGUUUGAGAUUUCAUUGGUCCAGGGCGGGGCCUGGGAAUUGGCAUAUUUCACACGCCACAUCAGAGAGGGCGUGUUCCUGGAAUACUGACUUGGAACUUGGAAUACAUUGUCCCCAUAGAAAUGAUGUACAACAUGGUGAUUAGAUAUCUUAUGUGCUCAAGUAGAAUGGCUUGCUAGACUUACGAGUCUAAAUUCUAGAGUGUGUGUGUGUGUGUGUGUGUGAACCGUGUUAUAAGUUCUAAACUAAUUUUAAAAUAAAGAGAGAGAUGUGUAAACCAUAUUUAAGUUGAUAUAAGUUGGAAGGUCUCCUGUACAUACACACAGGUCACUCGACCCUCUAUAUUACUCCACUCAUUGUGCAUCAGCAUUAUUAUUGUUUAUGGUUACCUUUGGUUGAUUAGCUUUUUAAUUGUGGUCCUACCCUCCUGUGCUCUUUGUUAGUCCUGAAAUGUCAGACGUCCAAGUCUAGGACAUGAAAUACUCAUUAGCCUCAGCAUUUGAGGAAGCCAGCCCUGAGACUAACGCGACCCCUGGCUUCUCCAAGUGCAUUUGAUUUAGUGUCUUUGGAAGGUAGUCACAAAAGUGACAGAGAAGGGCUAAUGUUUUCAUAGUUUUUAACACUAAAAAUGCUUUUCUUGACCAAGAGGCUUCAUUAGCUCUGCUCAGAGAAACUACUCUGUUUCUCCCAAAGUCGUCUAACAAAAUGCUUAAUCUUUGGCUUAAAAGUGCAACGGAUGCCCAGUUCCUGAUCCCCCCCCCCCCAAAUGCUUGUUUUGGUGAUGUGACUCCCUGUGGCCUUGAAGGGAAGAUUCAUAUAUUCAUAAAAUUCAUUGGAGUUGGUGGUCAGAUCAAGUAAAAUGAAUUAAAUCUCUAUCGUGCUGGGGAUGUUGUCUUCUUAAUGCCUCUCUAUGACUUAGAGGGAGAUUUGCUGGCUUAAAAGCAACCUUCCAUUUUUUAUUGAAUUAGCAAAUAGAAGAUGCAGUUGUUAAUUGGACCCCUGAAAAUUUACAUAUUCAGGUGGAAAAAUGCCAGAGUAAAAUCUGGGACGUGGAAGCUAUCAAACCAACCCUAUUAGAAUAGAAAAAAAGAGAGAUUUUAUUGUAGAAGGUCUGUGUUCCUCUUGUCUAGGGGUGUGUGUGUGUGUGUGUGUGCACGCAUGUGUGUGUGUUUUAGCACUGUUAAUAUGCUGGCAGCUAAAGAUGCUCUUUGGUUUUCUUUGGCUUUAAUUGGGGUACUCUGGAUUUCUUUAGGAAUCUGUUGAAAGCUAGGACCUUUUCCCUAGGAAAACGCACAUGGUACAUGGAACACGUAGUUUUGCAAACAUGUUUUGUUGAGGGGAGGGGAGUGGAGUGCAGUUUAUAGACCCCGCAGGAUCAAUAACCUCUGCUCUGCAGAAUGUGGACUGUGACGUUCUAGACCAAGACUGGCAAAGUUUUUCUGUAAAGGGCCAGAUAGUAAAUAUUUUUGGCUUUGGGUUGCAUUAGUCUGUUACAACUACACAGGUCUGGGGUUGCAGUAUGGAAGCAUCCAUAAAUAAUACACAAAUGAAUGAGUGUGGUUCUGUGUCCCAACUAAACUUUAUUUACAGAACCAGGCAAUGGGCUGGAUUUGGCCCACAGGUUAUGGUUUGCCAAUACCAGUCCUAGAGCAUCGAAUGCAAAACUCCAAUUGAUUGAAUAUGUGUAUAGAGCUUUUCCACUUAGUUAGUAUUCAGCUCAGCUGUUGAGGCAGAUCAGGAAGAUGGACAUAGAAAUGAAUUUGGGAAGAGUGGAGACUGUUCAGUCCCAUGGAAAUUGCCUCUUAAUUUUCUUAGGUAAGUAUUCCUUGCCCUGGAGGCCAAUGGGACAGUUUUCCUCAGAUGAAAUUGAGCACCUGCUUUUUCCGUUUCCAUACAAUAGCCGGCAUAACGUACUUCAGCUUGGCAAUAAAAAGCAUUCUUCUCUCAGACAUCAACGGCAUUCUUGUCUCUUAGCUUUGCAUUUUAUUUCUCUCUGGGACGUGAUGCUUGUGCAGGGAGGAUCAUGAAGCCAGACACUAAUCCUCGGGUUUUCCUUUUUCCUGAACUGCAUUAAGAUUUGAAAAUUUGGGAGGCCAUAGUUACGUCAGAAGUAGAAGGCAGAUAGACGUCUUAAAAUCUUCCAGGUUAUCCCCCUGUUCUAUUUGGCCAUCAUUUGAGAAAGGAAGAAAGAUAAGUAUGGGGUCAAAAUUCUUGUUCUCAGGUAGACACAGAGCUCUAGGCUCUCACUGUGACAGGAGACUUGGGCCCCCUUGGGUACUGUCCUUGGACUUGGAAAGACAAGGCUGCUUUAUCUUACUCCUUUCUUUAAUCCUCACUGAAUUUCUAUUCUAAGGGGCUUAUGCAAAAUGCCUCCUUUCUGAUGUGAUUAUCUUGGGUCCCUUGUUGAGUUCCUGGGCCCCCUAGUCUCUAGUGAAAGCUUUGCCUUCCCCAUGGGACCAGCACAACUGUCCUUUCCUUUGUCUUUGGUCAACCCUUGUCCCUCCUUUGCUGUAGGAACGCUACACAAAGAACUGUCUGUCACCUAAGGUGCCCAACUCCACUUUCCUCUUCCAGAAUAGUCCAACACAGCUGACCUAAAGCUGCAGUUGCUUGGUUAUUCAGAAACAGUUUUCUUCCUGCUGCAUCAUCAGGCAAACAUAAAUUAUACUUAGAAGGCUGCUUGGAAACUCUUGAAGAGCAUAUUUAAGUAUUUGAUCUGGCAGUUUACCUGAAAGAAAGUUUUCUCUUCGCCCUGGGAAACAAAACCUGAAUUCCAGAGCCUUCAAAAUGAAACCAUCCUUCUGGGGAAAGCACCUUGCCACCAGACAUAUCACUCACCACCUGUUCCUGGUAUCUGCAAAGAAGCUGUGUCGUUUUUCUGGGGUUUAGAGAGUCACUGUUGACAGCUAUGCAAAUAUAAUUUCCCCACCUCAAGUUUUCUAAUGGAGUCAUUUGGAAUCAGCACUUAAGUUGGGGUUUAUCUUUUUAGCUCCUGCCUCAAACUCCCUUUUCAAGCAAAAUUUCUCCAAAAGCUCUUUUCCUAUCUGACAUGAAGGGGACUGGGCCCUAAGUAGAAACACAAAGGAAAGUCAAGGACUUUGUGGUAGGGAUUUUUUUUUUUUUAAGAAAAAAAUAUCACCUCUAACACAAACAUGUGUUAAUAGAAUUAAAAAAUAUCCAAUCCAGUUCCCAGGGACUGUCAGCAUCUUGACAUCAUUUGUAUUGUCAUUUGAACUAGGGAGUCUGAGCCCUCUAUUCUUGGGAGUUUAGAGUGAGAUUUUUGGAGAUGUGCAUUGUGUUUCUGUCUCAAGAGUUGUCAGCAUGGAAAGAUUCCUCUGGGGGCUGUUCCUCCUGACACAUACAGGGUUUCCCAGGGUCCACGUCUUUCUGGGACUCAGGGUCUCUUUUGAGGAAUGAGGUUAAUGCUCUUAGGACCUGGAGACUGAUUUCAGGGAAAGCACGGGAAAGUUGAGGCACGCACUUGUGGCUUAAUGUAGGAAACAGAACUUCCUAAAUAGUCCCCAGAGUUUGUGGCUUCGACCGGGCCACCUUGUCUUUCCUGGUUUCCUUGAUUGCAUUUGCUUGUUUUUCCACUGCCCACGCACACAGGACCUGGGCUGACUGAAUGCUUCUGUGGAAAGGAACCGAUCCAACCAUUUUCAUAUGGCAGAACUCAGAACCAACAGUUUUGGUUUGGUUUGCCUACCUGGAUUCUGUUGUUCCCGAAUCUUGAAAAUGAAUGUAAGCGAUGUCUGAGAGGACUUGUAGCAAAACCCUCCUUCUGAACGAAAGACCUUACAGUGAACCUUCCAUUCAUCCUGUAAAAAAGGAUUGCUGGGUUGGGUAUCUGUUCCUCUUAAGGAAUAUUCUGUUGUGGCCAGAAAUGAGCAGGUAGCAUCAUUUGGUCACUACUAACGUUCAUUCGUAUUGGAGUCUGCAAGCUAGUUCAACAAAGCAAGUCAGGCCCCUGCCUUAGGAGACUGUCAUCAGACUUUGGGCUUUAAGGCUGAACAGUGAUGUGAAAUUAUGUUUGGGGGCGGGGAGAAAAGAUACAUGCAGAGAGCAGUGCUUAACCAGGGUCUCCGAGGAGGAGCACGCUGAAAAAAGAAAAUGGCAGACAGGUAUAUCGCUUAACUUAUUUUUAGUAUUCCUAUGGACGUGAUCUCCUAUGGGAAAACCCUGUCAAAAAGGCAAACAUUAAUUUUUGUUCCUUAAAAAUACUGAACCAGAAGAAGAUUCAGAGAGUGGCAUUGGCUUGGAUCUCAGAAAAUGUUCUCUUGUUUCCCUAGUGUUCUUGACGCUACAGAGUCGCUAAUUUAACCUGAUGACACCCAGAAAAAAAGAUAAAUGAUUAGUGGUAUUAUUUUGAGAGCAUGCAACCCACCCAUGAGCUAGACUCUGAGUAAAGAAACGCAAACACAAAGCUGAGCCCCUUCAUCUUUAGUUCUGGUGGCUGAUGGUUUUAAGGAGGGUGGACACCAAAGGCUAUCUGAUGAAUAUACUUUUUCCAUGAGACAGAGGAUGGUGAAUAUUCUUAGAAAGACACUACAGGUCUUCAUCAGAAGAGGAGAAUUUAUAGUUUUAAAACAUAACGCUCAAAGCUAGUUUGAGUUUUCAGAAGAAGGGACUUGUGUGGGAAAGUAGUUUUAUUUUCUGCCGAUCUCAAAUUGUCUUCCUUGCUUGUGUUCAGUACUCAUGGAGGGAGGUGUCGAGGGCACCAAGUGGUUUCCAGACUGUGUAGGGUGGUGCCCGUGGGGGUCUCUGGUCAGGAAGGGAAGGGGAAGAGAGAAGAGUGUGAUGGCCAUCUGAAAGCCCCAUCAACCUCCAAUGAGAAUAUUUGGCUACUGGUAUCAUUCCCCCUUCACUUAACUAUCAUUCCCCUUAAGUCUCUGUGGCUAUUAAAGGCUUGGGGACUUUGGAUGAAGUCACUACUUGGAGACCAGAAGCAGCCACAGAACCCGGGAAAUUUUGUAGCCAAUGCUGUCUGUGCAGCCCUGGCUUCUGCUGUAUUCCGUAUGCCAACAGGGCUUGGAGGUAGAAGGGCAAAAAGAGAGGGCCAUUUCUUUAAAUUUCUGAGCAUGAAUCAUUUGAAAGAAAAUGCAAACAUCGAUAUGGGAUGGCCACGCAUGUAGACUCUUGAAUUGCUUAUUUUUCAGAAGUGGUUGCAAAUAAUGUGAUCUCAGUGGCAAGGAGGGGCAAGAGUGGGCUCUUGAUGGGCAGUGGAAUAUCUACAUUUCUAUGUUUUCAGGAACAGGAGUUGUCAUUUUGGUUAUUGACAUUUAGAAAAAAUUAAAGUUCUUUGUAUGAUUUUGGCACAGAGCAGCAUCCCAUCUGAGAGUCAAGCUAACGGUUACCCUCGCCGGGUGUUCCAGGUGAAGAUCUGUCAGGGGAAACUGGUACAGCCUUUGGAAGCUGAAAACAGGUGGUGUUAUCUGUCCUGAACUGAACACAAGGGGGAUCCUUAGGCAUCCAUUGAAACAUAUCAGGUGCCUUCCACACACACAGAGUCUGUGGUGAAUUCUGAUAACGGUGCUUUAGCCGCUAAACCAAAUUGAACAGCUGGGGGGUUCCAGCACCCAUUUUAGAACUCUGUAUGUGUCAUAAAGCUACAUUUGGCAACAAUUUGUGGAGCCCUUGGCCAAUCUCUGCGUAAAAAGCCACCGGAGGAGGUUCAAUUAAGAAAAUUCAGACAAUUUAUCUGUCAUAUUUUCCCCGUGUUUGGUUUAUUCUUUAGUUUCAAAUUUAUUUUUUGAGUGGAGUGAUUUUCUAUAGGGGCCGAAAUGAUGUUUUAGUAAAAUAACAGGUAUUUUUAAAGGAAAAAAAAAUGCCUUCUUGGCGUAAUUAAUAAGUCCGCCAUUGCAACAUAUUUUCUGCUGUACAGAAUCAUCACAUUAAGUCACUUAAAGCUGAAAAAGGUGUUAAGGAUGUAGUUCAAAGUCUUUGUUUAAACACACGAACAUUUUUCUAUAUAUUUUGUGAAAAGCCUGAUGGAGUGCAGGAUGUAACUUCUGUACGGAACUGAACUUUAUAAGAAUUUUAGUAAAGUAGGUGGGUUUCCCCAGAUUCCUUUGUGCAUCAGUUUCAUUGCUGAAAAUGCUGCUUCCAGUUAUUAAUCUGGUCUUUGUAAGGAAACACACACACACACACACACACACACACACACACACACACACACUUUUUUCCCUUACAUGGUGUGAAUUUUAUGAUAGACCUUUUUUAUUUGUAUAUGUGAUGGAUUGUUUUCCUGUGUUGUACCCCACAUUUGUUUGUAAGCCGUGUUGAUUGUAAAGACAGCUGUUGGGCAAGUGGAAACAUGUCUGGUCUCUACAAUCCCUUGAUGCUAAGAAGGAAGUAAUUCCAUAUGUUCGUUAGGCCCUGCAAACUCUUCCUAAUACCUGAAAUAUGAUGCAAGGAGAUUGGAGAGGUUGUGCACCCCUAUCCUUCAAAACCCCAUCUCCAACACUGUGUCUCUGGAAAGCGUGAAAUAGCAGAAUGACUACCAUUUUGUGGAUUCCGUCAUUGACUGACUCCCUCAUCUUUCCUGCUCUGUAGAACAUGCUGCUAGCUUUCCCUGGUGGAAAUCAUCUCCUCUUUAUGGAUGGCAAUAUCUUCUCUUUAUGAAUGAGGCAGACUGGACUGGAGAGUAUGGAAUUCAUUAGAAGUUCAUAAAGUAAAGGCCUCUGAAGGAUGUGGGUAGAAUGUUUCCAUGCCUUUGAGGUGAUUGGGAAAUUGAUGCUCUGGCCUUGGGAACGUUUUGCUUGUGAGCUGCAGAGGGAAAGGAGUCGGGGAGGGUGUACUUCAUCUGUUUUCCUAUAAGGAAAUGUACAGGGCUGCUGUCUCAAGGCGAAAGCAUUUCUCACCGUUGUCCAGGAAAGAAAAAUUAUGAAUAUCAAUUGAUAAUUUCAGUCAGGCUCUAGGAUUGUAUUUAAAAAUACCUGUUUUAUGGGGAAGCAUGCCUUUUGUUGACUUUGCCAUAUUGGCUUUGGUGGCCACCAUGCAUUUUUACUUUAGCCUUGUUUUCCUGUUCUCCAGAUCGUGUGCAUUAUUGUUGUUGUUUUCUUUUGAACUACUGCUUAUCGUAAAUGGUGAUGUUAUCUCAGAAUUCCUGAAGCCAAGGAAAUAGCUACUGUGCAGGACUUGGGGUAGAUGAAAGCAUUGGUAUUGAUGUAGGUUAAGAUUGGACAGAGUUACCAGAAAUAUACUGAAGGUGGCUUUAAAGACAGCGUGUUUGUUUUAACAUUUGGAGAAGCCACCUGUUCUAGGAUCCUUAUUCUUGGGAAAUCCAUCUUUUCAUGCAAAUACCAUUUGUGGUUCAUACGUAACAGCCUGGAUGACUGGCCUCUGUCAGUCACUCUACAAGGAAUUCUAAUAAUUGCCAAAGGUGGAGGUAAUUUUGCCUUUUACAGGUCAUUCUAUGGUGAAAUUUCCAAUUAUGGUAUCUUAUAAAAAGAAUAACUAUUAUUUCCCAUCUCUUUCCUGAUCCAAGAGCACAGUAAAGGAAGAGUAAAGUUCUGGUGUGAUACAGAAUAGUUCAUUGAAUCUGUUUUUGACCAAGGAAAUGGCUGAGAUGUUGAACUAAGUGGUUGUUACAUGGUUCGUAUGGCGACCUCAAAAGGAAAAUGAAAUUGGGACAUUAAGUCAAACUUGGACUCCUCUGUUGGUGAGGAGCUUACACUUUGAUUUCCUAUCUCAGGAUAUUCUUCAGUUUCAUACUGCUGCUGAGGAGGAAGGAACAAGCCGUAGACUCUAACUGGUCUCCGGAUGUUUGUGCGUGUGUAUGUAAAACUUCACACUGUGUGUGUUGUGUUCAAUGUUGUGUCAAUCUAUGAACUGACUCAAACAACAAUUUGAAGAGAGAGAAGACAGUAAUAAUGGCAACAGACACCCAUCCACCUCUUUUUUGUCAAAGUGCUUGCUAUGACUUUCAUAGCUAGGACAAAUAGCAUACGUAUUCAGAAGCAAGGUGUCCUUGAAAGAAAUGGUGUGUUGAUCUCAUAAGAAAAUGUACAACCAAUAAAAGACAUUUUAAAAAGUGCA